AUGUUUAACCCUAUACUGGGCGUAAACUUCAGGUAUUCCCAUCUCUCCUUGAAUGUCACGAAAAACUUCCAUCUCGUCACGGCCCUCCAAAGCCCAUGCGUCUUUCAGGACAAUGGAAAGCGGCGGAGGAAGGAGGUCGAGUUCAGGGAUGGGUGAAGGUUGGUAAGUGGGGAAAACGGGGGAUUCAUCGUUGCGAUCAAUUCCUUGCCAUUCAAGCUGCUCGGAGCCCUGAUCCUGAUUGCCUGCUGUGUGAUCAGAGUGUGACUUGUGGCGCUUGCUGCUUCCAGUUUCGACGACAGGUUCGCGUGAUCGUUUCCCAAUAUUUGAGACGUUAGAGGUUCGAUUAGAAGAGGGUGCGACGCCUUCAGUGCGCAGGCGUGAGGUGGAGGUGGAGGUGGAGGUGGGAUAUCGAGAAGUGGAAGUAUGUAUACUCGGAAGGUCUAUGAUAUCGCUGGGUGGAUCAUCGGAUAUCUUUCUCGCGUCAUCGACCUUUCGCAAACUGUAAACAUGUGUGACACGGCCCCGUAUAGAUUGCCGACGACAGAGUAAGCCAACGACCUCGUAAAGACCCCAGUUUGGGAUCAAGAAGUAGUGAUUGUUCCGCGAUGGAUCGAUCCCAGCCUUCGAAUCGUUUUCCCAUGAUAGUAUGCCCACUAUGCCCUUUACAAAAGCGGUAAAGCCAUCCUCUGUCUCUAGACUCAGUGCAGGGCUGCAAAUUACGCCAGAUCUUUGAUAGAUGCAGAAUCGAACUUCGGAAGUUUUGUAGUUGAAGCCGAUAAUCAAAACGAAGUAACGGUUCUCGUGAGCAACGAAGGUGCAUCGUGCGU